AAGACGUGUCUUCUCAUCUCCUUCACGACGGAUUCGUUCCCCGGCGAGUACGUGCCCACAGUGUUCGACAACUACUCCUCGCUGGUCACGUGCGACGGCCAGGCGGUGUCGCUCGGGUUGUGGGACACGGCGGGACAGGAGGACUACGACCGCCUGCGCCCGCUCUCCUACCCACAGACGGACGUGUUUUUGGUCUGCUUUUCGGUCGUCUCUCCGUCUUCGUUGGAGAACGUGACGGUGAAAUGGGUGCCGGAGAUCCGCCACCACUGCGCGGACGUCCCGAUAGUGUUGAUCGGCACGAAGAGCGACUUGAGGGAAGACCGCGAGACCAUCGCCUCGCUGGCCAGUUGUGGCCAAUCGGUGGUGCGGAGGGAACAGGCGCUGAAGACGGCGCACAAGAUCAAGGCCGUGAAGUACAUGGAGUGCUCGGCGCUGACGCAGCGCGGCCUCAAACACGUGUUCGAGGAGGCCGUG